AUGGAAAACAAAAUCGCUUUUAUUGAUGGAAGUUUAAAGAAACCUGAUUCUACUAGUUCCUUACACUCAGGCUGGGAAAGAUGCAAUAACAUGAUUAUUUCUUAUAUUCAGAGGUCUCUAGAUAAUACAUUAGCUAAAAGUGUAUUGUAUUACUCUACUGCCAGUGAAAUCUGGAAAGAUCUUGAAGAUAGAUACUCUAUCAUUUCAGGACCUCAGUUAUAUUCUAUUCAGCAAACUCUUAAACAAGUUGAGCAAGGCUCAUCUUCUAUUGCUGAAUUUUUCACAAAAAUAAAAGUGAUUUGGGAACAGAUAAGUUCUACAAGUCCUCUUCCUUGCUGUACUUGUAAUGGUUGUUCUUGUGAAUUAACCAAGAAGUUUCAGAAAACACAACAUGAUGAAAGACUGAUCCAGUUUCUUAUGAAACUUGAUGGAAGGCAUGCUGCAGUAAGGACAAAUAUCCUUAUGAUGACCCCACUUCCUUCUAUUUCCACAGCAUAUAAUCUCUUGGUUCAAGAUCAAAAAUAA